AUUUAAUACACUCCUCCUUUUGGUUAGAGAGCGACAGAGAGAGGGUGAGUGAGUGAGAGUUUUUCUUUAGGUAGCGCACACACACUCUCACACAGAUAUGACGAAGACAGCAGCAAUAGCAGCAAAGGACUUCUCCAGUAUGUGGUUGCCAGAUAUCAGAAUGUCAAAGGCAGUAGAGGUUGAGAAAGUCGGGGCUGACUCACCACUGGAGGGCACAGAUUCAGAACGGAAUGGACCUGAAUCAAAUCACCAGGCUCAGUCAAUGAAAGUCAGCUCCUUUCCUCUGUCACCCAACCUGAGCAGCAGCAAAAACAAGAUGGAGGAAUGCGCUGAAAUGUCCCCGGCCCUUCCUCCCUCUCACGGCCCGACUCCUUCGCAGACAGCCCUGCAACACACACAGCUCAUGCUGACCGGCUCCCAACUAGCAGGGUUGACAGCUCUGUUGCCGGCACAGCAGCAGUUGUUGCUGCAGCAGGCUCAGGCGCAACUCCUGGCUGCAGCUGUUCAGCAGUCCAAUGCAGCCCAUGCAGCUCAUGCCGCCCAUGCAGCCGCCCAAGCCAAUCAGCAAGCUCAGGCAGCUGCAGCAGCAAAUCAGCAAGCCCAGCAGCAACAGCAGCAGCAGCAGCAGCAGCAGCAAGCGGGACAAACGGGGCAGCAGGCUCAGCCACAGUCCCAGGGACAGGGACAGAGCACACAGGAACAGACAGUCCAAAGCGUCCCUGUCCCACCUCCUCCACCCCAGCUUACCCUUUCCCAGCCAAUUCAGCUUACCGCCCAGGACAUUCAGCAGUUGCUUCAGCUUCAGCAGUUAGUGUUGGUGCCUGGUCACCCACUCCCAUCUCCUGCCCAGUUCCUCCUCCCACAGGCACAGCAGGGCCAGCAAGGACUCCUUUCAACACCAAAUCUUAUUCCGCUACCUCAGCAAAACCAAGGGAGCCUGCUCUCUGCUCAAACUAGAAUGGGACUCCAAGCACAGCCAUCCCCGCUGCAGCGAGAUAAGUGUCUGGAGGUGAGUGGCGGUGGAGGCGUGACCACGGUACCCUCAGUGACUGCUCACCCAGAGGAGCCCAGUGACCUGGAGGAACUGGAACAGUUUGCCCGCACUUUCAAACAGAGACGCAUCAAACUGGGCUUCACACAGGGUGAUGUGGGUUUGGCCAUGGGGAAGCUGUAUGGCAACGACUUCAGUCAGACCACCAUCUCCCGCUUUGAAGCUCUCAACCUAAGCUUUAAGAACAUGUGCAAGCUGAAGCCACUGCUGGAGAAAUGGCUCAAUGAUGCAGAAACCAUGUCCAUAGACAGUACCCUGCCCAGCCCUAGCUCCCUGUCCUCUCCCUCUCUGGGCUUUGAAGGGCUUCCUGGUCGCCGCCGAAAGAAGAGAACCAGCAUCGAGACGAAUGUACGUGUGGCCCUGGAGCGCGCAUUUAUGACGAACCAGAAGCCUACCUCAGAAGAGAUCCUGCUGAUUGCCGAGCAGCUCAACAUGGAGAAGGAGGUGAUCCGGGUCUGGUUCUGUAACCGCCGGCAGAAAGAGAAGCGCAUCAAUCCCUCGAGUGCCACCCCUCCUCUGCCCAGCCAGCCCCCCACUGCCCCAUCAACGCACAAACCGCCCUGCUACAGCCCUCACAUGAUGUCCAGCCAGCUUUCGCAGGCUGUGACCAGUCUAAGCAGCACAACGGUGACUUCCAUGUCCUCCGUCUGCCCUCUGACUUCCAGCCUCACCUCCACCCACCCCUCUCUCAGCUCUGCACCCUCUCCGGCGACUCCUCCACCUCCUCCCCGCAGCACAGCCAGCCCAGCCACUCCCAGCCACAGCACACUCAACCUCAACACAGGCUUAUGGCGUAUGGGUAAAAAGAACGGUGACGUGUCAAACUACAUCACCGAUUUUGCUGCAAACUUGAGGAACACUGUGAUGGGAGUUAACACAGGGAUGAACCAAGCCCUCCUCGGUAACAAUCCCCUGGCCACUAUCCAAGCCCUAGCAGCCAGUGGUGGCCAGCUGCCUCUUUCCACUCUUGAGGGGGGCAGCAAGGUGAUGCUGGGGGCCUCAGGGGGCCAGGGAGGAGGCCUGCCCACCUCCCUCUUUCUCAACCACCCUGCUCUCCUCCACAUGGGCCAGAAUCCCGGUGCCGGAUUGGUCAGUGCUGCCGUAGCCAAAGUUUCCCAGGCCUCACCUUUCCCCCUGGCCAGCAGCAUCAGCCCGACACCCUGUUCCCCCUCUCCUUGCUCUAGCCCCGCCUCUUCCUGCUCCUCCAGCGAAAUGGCACACAGCCCGCCUUCUCUGGGCGGGGCUAAGAUUGAGUGACAGCGCCAUGGGCCAAUCAGAGAAGAGGAGGAAGGAAGAAACAAGAACCUUGCCUUUCACACCAAAGCUAUCUCUUUCUCUCUCUUGUGCUCUUCUUCCGUUAUAUUUUUUCACAGUGGCUCUCUCUCUCUUUCUCUCCUGGUCUUUCGAUGCCAAAAAUACACAGAAUGAAAGAGGAGAGAGGGAGGGAAAGACGUGAAAGAAGGGAGAAGGGGGGAAAGGGAAAGAUUGAAACCAAAAAUCUUUAUCUAUCCAAACAGAUGGAAAUGAGGCAACGUGGGACCUUUUUGUCAAUACCAUGUGAUAUCGACAUGGCACCUCUCUGCUCUUUCUCUCUGAAGGAAAGCAAACCAAUGACUCAAACAAAGAGACGAAGGAGACGGCAGAGAUGCGUGUUGAAGUGCAUAAACCAAAAAUGACAAAACAGAACUUUACUAUAUAACAAAGAAAUGGCGGCAAGGACAAGAAAAAAAAAAAGAAGAGGAGGACUGUGCUUACGUUUUCUUUUUUCUUUUUUUUUUUGUUAUUACUUUGAAAAGCUGCGGGUCUGAAGGAAGAGGAGUGGGGAGGAUAUGUUUAAACCAAAAAUUUACCUGAGGAGGAGACGGAGGAGGAAUACACAAUGACAUAAAAAAAAAAAAAAGAACAACAACGAAAAAAAAACAAAAAAAAAAACGACAACCAUACCAAAAUCCCAAAUACCAAAAACCAAAAAUACGGAGAGAAAAGCUUUAUUCAAAGGACGUGUAAAUACUGAAGCUAUCCAGGACCAGGACUCUACUGCUACUCACACACACACACACGCACAUCAAGAGCCAAUCCAUCCUGUCAUCGACUCAUCCUGUCCGUGUCAGCUCAUGUGUCUGUUGUAGGUUUUCAUGCUUAAUAUUUUUUUGGAUGAUUCUUGUAAAAUAUGCCUUUUUUUUUUGUCAAGAGCUCAUGUAUGAAUGAUUGCCAGUCCUGCUGUGUCUUCAUGCGUUUAGUCUCUUUACCUACCUCUGGUUAUAAGAGCAUAGAGUAGUUUGCUUUUUUUUCAGAUUUUCUUGACAAGCUUAUUUUUUUUACACUUUGACAAGUAUAGUUUGGGGAUUAGUUUUUUUUUUUUAUUGAUUAUUUAUUAGCGUCAUGAUAGAAUUCAGCUCCUAUUUAUUCUCGCACACUAUUAUAGUGUUAGCUCUGGAGUUUUUAAUCUUUAUCGUUGUCAUCGUCCUUGGUUUCAUGGCCUAUUUUCUUGUCAUCAACCUGCAUUUUUGUUGUUAAUGUGACUUUUCUGCAGGAACACAGAUGAUGAAGGUGAAACGAUGCUCAUCUCAGUCCUCACCAAGUGCCAAUAGAUCAAAAGAUAAGACUUGGCAUAUCGCGAGUUGAUUUCAAGGUGUGAAUAAAUUUAUUAAGACCUAAACAUUUGACAUUUCGUGCUCUUAAUCAGGCCACUCUUUCCUCACUCCGAAAGAUAACCCAUUACCAGUGACUCCGUGGCUAAAUGAACAUGCCCUGGAAACUUCACAGACUGUUUGUCGAGAGUGGCGACCGUUUUAAGAGUAUGAAAUAGGGCUGUGAUUGGAGAAAUAAAGUAAUUUCUGUUGAUACUGAAGGAUAAAUAAGUCAAUAAAGCCAAGUUUAGUCACAGCUGGCUCUCAUUCCUGCCUUGUCAAUCAGCAUAGACGCCCCGACACCUGUAUGUCUAGACACGUUUACUGAUAUUUGUCUGUUUUCAUCAUCACUCCAUCAAUCACAUUUCACUGUCAUUUUCCACCUCUACCUGCCAUUAAUUCUCAAAUGGAAACCAAAGUAUUCUCAAGGCUGGGCUCUUCUUCUAGAGCCUUAGUCAAGAACACAAUAAAGACACAGAGGUGGUGGUGGUGGUGGUGGUAGGGGGCUCGAGAACAGGAUGUUACCGCUGGACGCCCUCUGGUGUAAUCCCCUCCACCUGGCCCAUCCGAAAAACCCGCGGGGAAAGCUUUAUUUAGGGAGUCGAUUCCUUUACUCUGAACCCCAGAAAGAAGGGUACGGUGGGACGGGCAAAGGAGGGACGCGCUAUAUUGAGGGGAGCAGGCGUCACACUUUUUUGUAAGAGGAUACCAAAAAUAAACACAAACCAAAAAAAAACAGAAAAGAAAAAAAAAAAACAACACACAACCCAAGGAAUGACAGAAGCAAACCAAAAAGAACCCAAACCAAAUGUGGCUGGAGGGAGGAGGGGAGGAGGAUAAACUGCAGGUGUUAAAGGAAGUGAAGUCUGUCUGUCUGUCUGUCAGCUUUAGGGCUGCAACGCUGGGCCCACUCUGAAACUGUGUAGCAUGGAUGGAGGGAUGAAUAGACAGGCAGCUAGACAGAGAAGCAGGAGAAGGACGGACAGUUCCUCCCCUCCUCUGCCUCUCUCUUUCUCCAGCUCAGCUCUCUGGUCCUGGAUGGAGCUAAACGCAAAUGACCUCACUGAACUGAAAUCUUAUAAAAAAAAAAAAAAUCUGUUUUUAUUUUUUUGUUGGUUGGUUCUGAUUGUUUUAUCUCUGCUGUGUCUCUUGAUGCCGUUUUAUGUACUGUACUUUAGUGCUUAUUACUUAUUUGGAAUAACGUA